AUGGCAAAGCCUCAGUCACCAGCUGGGGCCAGGAACAGCGCUCCUACCACGGUCUGGACGUGCAACGUGCGCAAGCUGGCAGCUGCCUGGACCCUCGCGGACGCCGCGGUCGUCAAGGGGAUCGGUGUACUCAUGCUGCAGGAAGUGAACGCCACUAGGGCUGAGAUCGAGCACUUCCGCCGCUCUUUCUUCGGCGAAGGGUAUAGGGUGUCCUGGGCCGAGGGCCACACCAAGGCAGACGGCAGGCCGGGAGGAGGCGUCAUCACCCUCGUCGCCCGGAACCUCCGCAGCAAGGUCAUGUGGAAGGUCUCGACUGACAUCGGGCAGAUGGUCGCCGUGCAGGCUUCCGACACCACGUUGGUCAACGUGUACGCUCACCCUGGAGCUGGGCACGCUCAGGCCAUGUUGGACAGCCUCCAGGAGGCCGUCAUCAGUGACCAGGCGCGGUCGUGGGUAGCAGCGGGCGAUUGGAAUUGCACACCCGAGGGCAUUCAGCCCCCGUCGGAGUGGUGCCACCUUCGGCGAUGCAUUGACUACUGCAUGGCGCACGGCAAAACAGUGAGGAACAUGGCGUUUGAGCGUUUCAAGCUGAGCGAGCACAAGCGCGUGAGCUUCCAGAUCGACGGUCCUGCCGGCGGCCGCGCGCAGGAGCCCCAACUCCAGGGGCACCAGGAUCUCUCCAGACCUGCCCAGACGCAGCCGGACACCUGGCUGGCGGUCGCGACGGAAAUCUGGAGGGGCAGAGGAGGCGAGGUGCACGCGCCCGGCGGCUUCUCCGAGAACGCCCGGUCCUUUGCAGAGCCAGGUUCUGACGAGGCCCAACAGUGGGUCACGGAGACGUGGGGAGAUUUUGAGCGUGCGCUUGAAACGACGUUCCUCACGGUCAGGGACAUGGUGCUGCUCCCGCUAGACCACGACCCCGACGACCCCGAGCAAAGGAAAAAUGGAAACGUGGUGAUCACGAAGGUGGACCGCAGCAAGGGUGACGCCAUCACCCGGGGCACCUUCCCAGAGG